AUGUUCUCGCCACCUCCGACUGGUCGACAGGCUAGAGCAUUAUAUGACUUUGUGGGUGAAGCAGAGUCAGAGUUAUCUUUUCGAGCUGGUGACGUUCUUAACGUUAUAAAGGGUCAACUUUCCGAUGGGUGGUCUUUGGCUGAAAAGGACGGUGUAACUGGGCUCGUUCCUGAAGCUUAUAUUACAUUGUCUACUUCUCCAGUUGAAUCAACAUUCAAUUCAAAUAAUUCAGUACGCGAUUCAAUGGAUGGUGAUUCAAUGAUUGGGUCAAUAUUUGGAUCAGUUAAUGGGUCGAUUAAUGGAUCAAUUAAUGGGUCAAUUAAUGGAUCAUCACGUAGCAAAUUUAUCAUAAGUGGUGGUCAACCACUACAAGGUGAAAAUUUCGAUGAGGAAGUAACUGAAACUGAUAAACAUUAUAUACAGGGUGGUCCGAGUUGGUUAGAGAAAUCGCCAAGCUUUAAAGUUAUGGUGCAUAAUCCCGAAAAACGUGUUAAACUUGGAGGGCGUUUUAAUGAGGAAUUUAUAGAAAAGCGUCGUUGUGCUUUGGAAAGAUUUAUCAAUCGGUUGGCUCGUCAUCCAAUAAUUCGAUAUUCAGAAAUUCUGACUCAUUUUCUUAGUUGUAAUGAUGAUUCGGCAUGGCGUAAACGAGAAAAGCAGUUUGAAAAUGAUAAACUUGUUGGUCAUGCAUUUUUUCAACAUGUUUACCACCCAGAGUUCAAUGUCGAUGAUGGAGAAAUCGAUACCAUAGAGCGAUUUGAGGCACAUGCCCGAGCUAUGGAAAAACUGAUGCCAUGGAUUAAUGAAGCAUCACAGGCCCAUAAAUACUCGCUAGAUGGUGAAGUCUCUGAAGAAAAUAUAAGCAAAGACCAAGAAUAUGAUAUAGAUGCUGAAACAAUUCGUUCUCGUUGCGACACAGUAUUCAAUGUGACACUUGCUGAAGUCGAUCGGAUUCAUGAUGAACGCGUCCAAGAUUUUCAAGAAAACACAAAACAGUAUCUGGACGGGCAAAUUGAGUUAUACGAAAAGCCACACUAUAGUUCUCUUUCACAAACUUCACGUACACCUAGUCAAUAUGAGAGCUUAAUUGAUAGUCAACGCCCGAUAUCAUUACGUCCUGUUUCUGCCACUUCUGUAAGUUCCAUGUCUGAUAUGGUAGGUGGAGUUGUAGAUGGUGUUGGUAACAUGGGAAAUUUCUUGAAGACGGCUAAAACGUCAAUUACGAAAGGUACAAUGUUUGAUUCUUGGUGGGGAAGAAGUUGA